AUGCAUGUCACAAUUAUGGAAGUAAAUCAAGCAGAGAAAGAUGAUUAUGUUAAAAAAAAUGGAAUGGAUUCAUUAAACAAAAGAAAACUAUUAGGAUAUAUUCAGGAUCUGGUCCAGACAGAACCAUUGUCAAUAGUGUUUUAUAAUAAAGCAUCUCUUGAAUACUAUCAUCUUUAUGCUUCAAGAAACCCUGGUAUUUUCAUUGAUUAUACAGGACAGCUCAUCAAGCCUGUACCUCCAUAUUUAUGUGCCAAAUAUCAAGACAAUCAAAAUGAUUAUAAAAAAAUACUAAAUGCACUUAUAACAAUGCCAUCAGGAAGUGGACCCAAUGCACCACCAAUAGAUAUUUUAGAAUUAGUUACCAAUGAUCUUACUGCAAGCAAUUUGUGA